CUUUCAAAUUACUCUCAAGACUCUCCACAAACCCGAUCCAUAUCGACCCGACCCGACUACAAUCCGAAAUGGAGGCCCAUCACCGCGGAGACACCUCCUUCUCAAGCCUCCGCGUCUACCUCAACUCUCUCUCCGCCACUCCCUCCCGCUUUUCCCGCCGCGCCAUCUCCGUCUCCACCUCGUACGACGAGAUGAGCCGCGUCCGCGCCGUCUCCGGCGAGCAGAUGAGCCGCACUCUCCGCUGGUACGACCUCGUCGGACUCGGAAUCGGAGGCAUGAUCGGCGCCGGAGUCUUCGUCACCACCGGCCGCGCUAGCCGACUCUUCGCCGGUCCCUCGAUCGUCGUCUCCUACGCAAUCGCCGGCCUCUGCGCUCUCCUCUCCGCCUUCUGCUACACCGAGUUCGCCGUUCACCUCCCCGUCGCCGGCGGCGCCUUCAGCUACAUCCGUAUCACAUUCGGCGAGUUCCCUGCGUUUAUAACAGGAGCCAAUCUGAUAAUGGACUACGUCAUGUCAAACGCCGCCGUUUCGAGGGGGUUCACCGCUUAUCUCGGAUCCGCAUUCGGACUAUCCACCUCCGAGUGGAGAUUCGUCGUCUCCGGACUCCCAAACGGAUUCAACGAAAUCGAUCCCGUCGCCGUUCUCGUCGUCCUCGCCGUCACGUUCAUCACCUGCUACAGCACGAGGGAGAGUUCGAAGGUGAACAUGGUGCUAACGGCGUUGCACAUUGCAUUCAUCGUGUUCGUGAUCGCGAUGGGGUUCUGGAAAGGGGACGCGAAGAAUUUAACCCGACCCGCUGACCCGGAGAAUCCGUCCGGGUUUUUCCCUUUCGGAGCUUCGGGUGUGUUCAACGGAGCGGCGAUGGUUUACUUGAGUUAUAUUGGAUACGACGCCGUUUCGACAAUGGCUGAAGAAGUGAGAGACCCGGUCAAAGACAUCCCCAUGGGAAUAUCCGGCUCGGUCGCUAUCGUCAUUGUACUUUACUGCUUAAUGGCUGUCUCCAUGUCCAUGCUCCUCCCUUACGAUCUGAUAGAUACUGAAGCACCAUACGCGACGGCGUUUAGCAGAUCGGAAGGUUGGGAAUGGGUGACGAAAGUGGUUGGGAUUGGAGCAAGUUUUGGGAUACUGACGUCGUUGUUGGUGGCGAUGUUGGGGCAGGCUCGGUACAUGUGCGUCAUCGGACGGUCAAGAGUGGUCCCCGCUUGGUUCGCUAAGGUCCAUCCCAAGACAUCCACACCAGUCAACGCUUCCGCUUUUCUUGGAAUCUUCACGGCGGCGCUCGCACUCUUUACAGACCUAAACGUUCUUUUAAACCUAGUUUCAAUUGGAACCCUCUUCGUCUUUUACAUGGUUGCAAACGCUGUUAUAUUCCGGCGUUACGUAGCGGUUGGAUACACCAAACCAUGGCCAACACUCUCCUUCCUUUGUCUAUUCUCCAUAACCUCUAUUGUCUUCACGUUAAUAUGGAAACUAGCACCGUCCAGUUCACCAAAAUGGUUCAUGCUUGGAGCCUGUGGUGUGGCGGCUAUAGCCAUUGUGCAGAUAUUCCAUUGUGUUGUGCCUCAAGCUAGAACUCCUGAGUUUUGGGGAGUACCGUUGAUGCCUUGGACUCCUUGCGUUUCGAUAUUUUUGAACAUAUUUUUGCUUGGAUCGCUGGAUGCUCCUUCGUAUAUCAGAUUCGGGUUCUUCUCGGGGUUGGCAGUGCUUGUGUAUGUGUUUUAUAGUGUUCAUGCGAGCUAUGAUGCUGAAGGAGAUGGAUCUCUUGAUUUUAAAGACGUGGAAAGUCUAGAAAGAAUUAACGGAAUUUUGAGCCAAUAUGUUAUUGUGUUGGGCAAGUAGAGGAGGGACUCGAGGGCGUAUUGGUACAUAAGAUAAUAAGACCUUUUACAUUGGGGAGUUUAAAGUAUAUAUAUUGCUGUUACUUUU